AUGACCAGCACACAACGAAGUGCUGAUUCUUCAGUCGCGGAUGUGGAAACUCAGCUCACCACGCCUCGACGAGCUUCUCGCCAAGCUCCUCUCAGUGUUCAGCCAUCGCCGCACUCGCCAGCGCAGGCUAGCAAAAAGAAGCACAAGGACCCAGCUAUAAAAACGUCAAGAAGCAGCCCCAGAAAGCGAACAAAGAGCAAACGAAAACGAAAGUGGCGAUGGACCGAUCCUUCGGCACUAGCAACCGUGGCUUUGUCUAUUUAUAUCUCUUGUUCGAUGAUUAACAUUCAUCAUGACCACUACCAUUCCCACCACCACCAUUUUUACCUUCAUCACGAUGUUGGAAUGAUCAAUCCUCCUUACCGUUCGUCUCAUCAUCGGAAGUCACAACCAUCAUCGUUCUUGAAUCGAAAACGAUAUGAUAUUUGUAUUGUAGGGGCGGGGCUAUCUGGAUCAGUAUUAGCCGAACGAUAUGCAUCACAGCACAAUGCAUCAGUAUUGGUAAUGGAACAACGUGAUCACAUUGGAGGCAACUGUUAUGAUUACAUUGAUGAUGAGACAGACAUUCGAGUGUCCAAGUACGGAGCUCACAUCUUCCAUACCUCCUACGAACGAGUAUGGGACUACCUUCAGCAAUUUACCAAUUGGACGCCUUACGAACAUGAAGUUGUGGGAAGUGUUGGGUUGAAUGGUACCAUUGUUCCCAUUCCUGUGAAUAUCGAAACGGUCAAUGCACUUUUUGGACUCGAGAUUCAGAAUACCCAGGAAAUGGACGAAUGGUUGGCGAAAGAACAAGUCAAGUAUGACAACCCCAUUGCCAACUCGGAAGAAAUGGCCUUAUCCAGAGUCGGACCGCGCUUGUACGAUCUCAUCUUCAAGCCCUACACGGAGAAGCAGUGGGGGACGAGUCCCCGUGAGUUGGGUCCAGAAGUAACGGCUCGGAUUCCGGUCCGAAACAACCACGACAAGCGAUACUUUACAGAUCCUCAUCAAGCUCUACCAUCUGAUGGUUACACGGCCAUGUUUCGCAACAUGCUCAACCAUCCAAAGAUCGACGUCCAGGUGAAUACCAACUACUUUGAUAUCAAAGAUGAUAUUGAUUGUGACCAUCGAACCUAUUACACCGGUCCAAUAGAUGUCUACUUUUCUGAUUUGGGUUGGGACAAGUUGGAAUAUCGAAGUUUGGACUUUGAACGAAAAGUACUCAAGAAUGUCCCUCAAUUUCAAUCCAAGCCGGUGGUGAAUCAUCCUUCUAGCAGUGCAAACUUUACACGAAUCGUGGAGUACAAGCAUUUCUUGAAUCAAUCAUCCCCACAUACAGUGAUCUUUUACGAACAUUCCAAAGCUGGGGGUGAACCAUAUUAUCCGGUUCCGAACGACCGAAACAGAAAGUUAUACCAAAAGUAUCAAUCCAUGGCAGAAGCAACACCAAAUGUAUCAUUCGUUGGCCGACUCGCCAACUACAAGUAUUUCAACAUGGACCAGGCCAUUUUGAAUGCACUUGAGAUAUUUGACAAGGACUCGACCUCGUUUGGUGGUGGUGGUGGUGGUGCUUCGGCUGUGUAG